AUGGCUUCGACGCGUCAUCCAUCGCCUUUGCGCAUCUACCAGGACACUGGCCAUCCUCCACCCGGGGCUGGCACCGGUAGUGUGACUCAGGCUCCCAACUCUUCAUCCACUUCUUCCAACAAGCCAAAUCGUCUACAACCUUCUCCCAUGCCGCUGCAGCCCAUGAGAAACGCGUCGAUUAACAAGAAUUUCUCCUUGAAUCUCCCUUCCAACGGACCAUGUCCUAUCUCUCCUGUGAAGACCCAGCGUCGCCCAAGCAUGUCAGCUUUGGGUCACCGCGAGAAGUUGGGCUUUGUCCCGAUAUCUGCACCCAAUCCCGUCGCAUUUACCACGGAUUCACCAACAAAACCUUCUAAUGGCCAGGCUUACUCCCAACGUGUCCCGCCAAUGACACAGCAACCGCUCUUCACCACCUUUUCCAGUAUUCCUACCGACCGCCAGAAUGCACCCAAGGUACAGCAUGUUCAUCAUCAUCAUCAUCACAUGAGUGGCCCACACAAUGAAAACUUUACUCCUUCCUUUCCAAAUCCUUCCUCUGCAGCCGCUGCUCCUGCCAGACGAUCAUUAAUGGAACCUGCACCGAUGAAGGAACGUCAGUCCAAGAAACCCAAGCGCGAAGAAUCGGCUUUUGUUGAAGUACCAAAUCCUACAGAUAUGCCCCUUGUUGAGGAUGAUGGCUCGAAACCCCCAUAUAGCUACGCUAUUCUUAUUGGAAUGGCCAUUCUGCGCUCACCAAACAGACGUCUUACUCUUGCCCAGAUCUACAAGUGGAUCUCAGACACCUUUGUCUUCUACCCCUGGCAUGGAACUCAGUUCCUCAAGGAUAAACCUUUGCGUCGAAACACCAUUUCUGGUAUCCCUGUGGCACAGUCUGCGCCUCGUAUGGAGCCGCGCUUUGAGUCCUCAGCGCCUGCUCAUGUCUGUCCAAUUUCUACUACGACUGCCAUAGCCACCACCGUCACUAAUACCACGGCUGCCACGUCUGCUGCGACUACCACCACUACCAACAAAUCUACAAACACCGUUGCGGUUACAUCUACGCCAGCGUUAAGCGCGACAACCACUGCUACAGCAUCUUAUGUGCCACCUUCGAACCGACAACCCUCCAAAACUGCCAAUGUAGACCUGUCUUCUGAUGCUACUCUGCCUGCUUCAGACCCUGCACUUCACGAAGACAGUGGAGAUGAAGUUGGACGCCUUGCCAUACCCCAUUCCCAUUUUCCCCACUCAUCGCCUCCCCACCCUAUUCAUUCUUCGCCUCCCAUUGCUGCUUCUAUCUACCACCGUCAGGCUACUCCUCCAACUCCAUCUCGUCCAGUCACCUCUUCAGCCGCCAUUCCCCGUUCAAGGAAGCGUAGCGCUACGGCGAUGAAUGACAGUGGCUAUUAUUCUUCACUCGAAUCUUCUGCAAUGCGUCCACACAAAGCCGGUCACAUUAUAACCUCUGAUUUGGAUAUUGAGCAACCUCGUAUCAAGCGAGGGCGCGCUGAAGAAGAAAUUGCACGCAUUCGAAGCUCGUCUCAUGAUAUCAGUCCAUUGCGUAUUGGAACGCUGAAAGAUGCUACUCAGCUGAUUGGAUCAUCACCUCUUCGACAUGAAUAUAACAAUAUGCUUCCCCCACCUAUUACUCCAGCAAUUAAGUUUAAGAAACCAGUCAAACCUCCACCUUCCCUCUCUCCUAAUACAAACCUACAGAACCAUCGCAAGAAGAUUCAACAGAUGGUGAAUUCUCCAAUCAAGCGCUAUGGCCUCACCGAUGAUGUUCUCCCCUGGAGCCCUGCAUUCAACAUCCAAGACGACGCUUUUCUGUCGAAUGAUAAUCUCACCAUACCGUUUGAUGUUUUCGCCGAGCAGCUACCAAACACCAUUUCCACCCCUACUUAUGGUUCACCAGAAAAGCGAUCCGUCAAGCGUCAGCGUGCGGACCGUCUCAAUCCAACCAGCAACUUGCUUUCAGACAUCACAGACCUUCAUGGUAAUAGUCGACUAAACACCCCACCGCCGAUGAAAGCAUCCAGGGCGAAAGGUCCCAAAUACUUCGAAUCUUCACCCAAGAAGCCCAAUACGUCACAUUAUAAUGAUAUCUCUCACGAUGACUUGUUCUCAUUCAAUCUCUUCAGUGAAGACAAUGCAGAGGUUGACGGAAUUGAUCUCCUUCAAGGCUUUACAAAAAUCGGUCACACCGAUAAAUGGUGGCAAUUCUCCCAAGCAGCUUCUUCAAAAUCAAUCAUACUUUGGAUCCAGAAGCAAUAA